GUUGGAGUUAACUCUCCACACCCCGGCACCGGUACCUGGGCUGUCGACUCGGAGUGCUGGGAGGGGUCCCCCAGGAGCAGAGUUUUUUGUUUGUUUGUUUGUUUUUUAUCACUGGUAGGGAGGAGGAGAGGUUAGACCCUGGGUCACUGGACAGGCGCAGAAGCCGAGUGCGGAGACAGCAGUUCAUCGGCCUGUUUGGGGCUGCUCCUUUUGCCAACCGAGGGCUCCCCUUCUUCUAUUCCAGGUCGUCGCCGGGUGGGGCUGCCAAACUGUAUAUCCACUCCUCGGAUCGACGUCAGGUGAACUCGCCCCUGGACUGAACAGAUAUCCUUAGACUGAGUAAAAUGUUUGCAUAAUAGGUUCCAGGGCGGGGAUGUGGUGCCUGCGGGUGCAGAGGAAGGGGUCCUGAAGGAUCGCAGGGAACAUAGUCACAUCCUUAUACUCUUUUGAUCCUCACAGCAACCCAGAGGAGAAGGGCAGGCAGGCUGAGUAGGGUGGGAUUUUGAUCCCUGAGCCUAGGUUAUACAAGGCCAGCAAGUGGUGGAAGAGGUCUUGAGACUCUGGACUCCUGUCCUUGUUCAUGAGCCUGGUAAUGGUUAAUUAUGCAAGGACUUCUGAGAAAAGAGGGGGAAGGCUUUGGAGAAAGAUAGCAGGAGAACAAGGGAUGUCUUCUGGGGUGAGAGAAGGAGUUAGGGGGGCACAACUGACCUAGAGAAUCUUUAGAGGUCCAGUUUGGGUCUUCCUACUUACCAGCUGGAUGGCCUUAGGCAAGUUACUUAACAUCUCAGAGCUUUGUAAAAUGGGAAUGAUAAUUAUGUAUUGCGUAAGCCUGAGUGAAAGUGUUUUAUUUUCUCUAUAUGCUCAAUUAGUCUCCUUGUGCCCUUGCAUAUCCUGUUCCCACAGCACCCUUAUCCUGCUACUGCUGCUACUGCUAACCCUUAUCCUGGUAACCUCCAAAUCACUCUUCAACUUGAGUUUCAUCUCUCCUGAUCCUUGAAGCUUUUUAGCCACUUCCAUCCUGCUUUGUUGCUCAAGAUGGGAUGUGGCUCAUUCCACCCCGUCAGCUGUUCUUAUGACAGACACGGAGGCCUGGGAACUCUUCAAUCACAAAGCAAAUUACAGGGGAUGACUCCAGCAGUGUACCCCACUCCUUGGAAGAGCUCAGAGGAAGAUGUCAGCCCAGUCUCUUCCGGAAGCAACACCCCCCACCCAGAAGCCCCCUCGGAUCAUCCGCCCCCGCCCCCCUUCUCGUGCCCGAGCUACCCAGUCCCCAGGGCCCCACCACAACGGCUCCUCUCCACAAGAAUCUCUCCUCACCGACAAUGAGGCACCAAGCCCCAUGUGCACCCCCAUGUUCUGGGAGCCCCCGGCCCCAUCCCUCAAGCCCCCCGCCCUUCUGCCCCCAUCAGCUUCUAAAGCCAGCCUUGACUCCCAGACUUUUCCAGACUCUUCCGACACCCCCAGCCCAGUGUCCCGGCGCUCCAUCUCCCCAGAGACUGCUCCCCGGUCUCCAGUACCCCCACCCAAACCCUCUGGGUCACCCCGCAUGGCUCUGUCCCUGCUCCCCAAGACCCAGGUCCCCGACCAGGAUGACUCUGCCUCGGCCCCAGGCACUGUGCGCAGACUGGCUGGCAAGUUCGAAUGGGGGACUGAAGGCAGAGUCCAGGCUGAGGACACCCUGGAGCCAAGUCCCCCAGGGGGAGUGGAUGUGAAUGGGGAGAGAGAGACACCCCAGGGCAACCUCACUGGGAGCGGGUCCCAGGAGAACGGCACUCCAGGUGCUGGGCUGGCCUGCCCUCCCUGCUGCCCCUGUGUCUGCCACGUGGGCCGGCCUGGCCUGGAACUCCGAUGGGUGCCAGUGGGGGGCUAUGAGGAUGGCCCCAGGGUCCCUUGCCGGGCCUCCCCACUGCGGGCCUCCCGCUCCCGCCCCAGCCCUUCAAGCCUCAGCCACCCCCCAGUUGUCCUCACAUCCUACCGCUCCACUGCUGAGCGCAAACUCCUGCCACCCCUCAAACCCCCUAAACCAACUCGGAUCAGACAGGACAUCACCAUCUCUGGGGAGCCCCCACAGCCUGAUCUUGAUCCGCCCUCUGAAGAUGGAAUCCAAAGAGGGGACAGUCCUGAUGGUGCUUCUCAGAAUGAUUCUCCAGCCACCACGGAGGGCAGAGAGGAAGAGGAGCUGGAGGAGCUGAAGGAGCAGAACUGGGAGCUGCCCCUGCAGGAUGAACCGCUUUACCAGACCUACCGCGCAGCCGUGCUAUCAGAGGAGCUGUGGGGGGUCGGUGAGGACGGGGGUCCCACUUCAGCAAACGCUGGGGAAGCUCCCACCUUCGCCCGUCCCCCGGGCCCUCGAAACACGCUGUGGCAGGAGCUUCCGGCUGUGCGAGCGAGCGGCCUCCUGGACACCCUGAGUGCCCAGGAGCGGCGGAUGCAGGAGAGCCUGUUCGAGGUGGUGACGUCGGAGGCCUCGUACCUGCGCUCCCUGCGGCUGCUGACCGACACCUUCGUGCUGAGCCAGGCGCUCCGGGACACACUCACCCCCCGAGAUCACCACACCCUCUUCUCCAACGUGCAGCGAGUCCAGGGAGUCAGUGAGCGUUUUCUGGGGAAGUUACUGUCCCGGGUGCGCACUUCCCCCCACAUCCGUGACCUGUGCGACGUGGUGCACGCGCAUGCCGUGGGGCCUUUCUCCGUGUACGUGGACUAUGUGCGGAACCAGCAGUAUCAGGAGGAGACCUACAGCCGCCUGAUGGACACGAACGUUCGCUUCUCCGCGGAGCUGCGGCGGCUGCAGAGCCUUCCCAAGUGCCAGCGCCUCCCGCUGCCCUCCUUCCUGCUCCUGCCCUUUCAGCGCAUCACGCGGCUCCGCAUGCUGCUGCAGAAUAUCCUGCGCCAGACAGAGGAGGGGUCCAGCCGCCAGGAGAAUGCCCAGAAGGCCCUAGGUGCUGUCAGUAAGAUCAUUGAGCGAUGCAGUGCCGAGGUCGGACGCAUGAAACAGACAGAGGAGCUGAUCCGGCUCACGCAGAGGCUGCGCUUCCACAAAGUCAAGGCCCUGCCCCUGGUCUCCUGGUCCAGGCGCCUGGAGUUGCAGGGGGAACUGACAGAAUUGGGGUGCAGGAGGGGAGGUGUGCUCUUUGCCUCACGCCCCCGCUUCACCCCCCUCUGCCUGCUGCUCUUCAGUGACCUGCUGCUCAUCACUCAGCCCAAGAGUGGACAGCGGCUACAGGUUCUGGAUUAUGCCCAUCGCUCCCUGGUCCAGGCCCAGCAGGUCCCAGACCCAUCUGGCCCCCCUACAUUCCGCCUCUCUCUUCUCAGCAACCACCAGGGCCGCCCCACACACCGGCUACUCCAAGCUUCAUCCCUAUCAGACAUGCAGCGCUGGCUGGGCGCCUUCCCUACCCCAGGCCCCCUUCCCUGCUCUGCAGACACUGUCUAUGAGGACUGUGACUGUUCCCAGGAACUCUGUUCGGAGCCUUCCACACCCACCAAGACAGAGGGACGAAAUGUGGAGUCCAGGGCUCCCCCCAAGCACCUUCACAAGAACCCUGAAGGCUGGCUGAAAGGGCUUCCUGGAGCCUUCCCUGCCCAGUUGGUGUGUGAAGUCACAGGGGAACAUGAAAGGAGGAAGCACCUUCGUCAGCACCAGAGACUCCUGGAGGCUGUUGGGCCGUCUUCAGGCCCCCCCGAUGCCCCCCCACCCUAAUGCAUGAUGGUGUGUGGAGGGGAGCAGCGCAAGUCAGGACAGCUGGCAGCCUGACACAGAGAGAACAAAGCCCAUCCAUGCACUGGAUUCGCUGUCAGUGGAAACGCUACCUCAGUGGCAACCAAUAGGGACUGAGCUUCAAGACUGGGCAGCCAAUGAAAACAGGGCCGUCUGAGCCCACGCAGGAGGGAGAAUGAAGAUGGCUUGAGUGGGUUGCCAGUGGAGGCAGAGGCUUAGUGCAGAGCGGACAGUAGGUGGUGAGCCUCUGGCCAGUGAGUAUCCCUGCUAUGCUCACAGCCAAAGAAGAGAAUUCUAGGUCAAGGCAGUUAAGAGGGCUGCAUUUGAGAUAAAGUCCUAGGAUCAAAUAGCCAAUAGCAGGGAUACGUCCAGAUGGUGAUCUGGGCCCAAGAGACCAAUAGGAGCCCUGCUUGGUGCUAUAGCAAUCACUGUCUUGUCUUUUGAGUCUGGGAAGUAUUAGAUUCCAUUCCUGGGGUGCCUCCUGUAUCCUCUUAAGCCACUUCCUCUCUUCUAGAAGAAUCCAGAGUAUGUCUCAGAGAAUCUGUGUGUGUGCAUAUGUCUGUAUAUGUAUUAAGGAGGGCGAUUUUUUGGAACAUGGUGUGUAUGGUUUUGCCUCCUUGCCAGAUAACCGAGUGCUCUAUUUCUUCCCUCACCCCUCAUUUUCCCCAUUAGUCUCCUCAAAAAGACACUAGGUCUGAGCUCCAGAGGCAAAUGUGCUGGGUAUGGCUUGGUAGCCAGAGGCCAGAGCUGGGGAUGAGAGAGUCCUGGGUUCUGGGUCUCUUGGAGGCCAGAGACACCAAGCAGCCUUGCAGAGGAGUCUGAAGGACUGAAGAUGGCCAGUAGCUGGGGUCUGAGGCCUCCUGAAGUUUGUAGGCCCUUCUCCUUGCCCAAAGCUUGGCCCCCAUAAUCCCUAUCUGCAGAUCAUCCAGCCUGAACCAUAACCAGCCAUCCAGCCUCAGCCUCGGGCUUCAGACUGGCUCUGGGCCCCAGGAUUGGGUGAGCUUCAGCUGUGGCUCUCGAGCCAACUGAGCCUCUAGGGCUUUCUUGCCUUCAUCAUGAUCCUUUCACAGAAACACUGGCCCAAGCAGUGGGAGAGAACAGAGAACCAGUGUUGCUGCCUAACCCCACCCAGAGCAUCUGCUUACAGAUGAGAAACUGGCACGAUGCCAGAGGAGGAAGUGAGGGACAGACAGAGCAGAGCAGACAAUUGUGGGUAACUGGCAUCACUUCUUCCCUUCAGCUCACGCAUGGCAACUUGCCUGGGACAGAAACUGCCAUGCCCUUCACAAGAGAGUGCAAGAACUCUGAGGGAUCCAGAGGGAGAAAGGUACUGGCAUUUGGCUUGUCCAUGACUUUGGAGAUUGACCCAGCACAGUGCCUGGCAUAUGAGAUGCCAUGCCAUGCUUAGUCACUUAGUCGUGUCCAACUUUUUGCAACUCACUGUAGCCUGCCAGGCUCCUCUGUCCAUGGGAUUUUCCAGGCAAGAAUACUGGAGUGGGUUGUCAUUUUCUUCUCCAGGGGAUCUUCCCAACCCAGGGGUCAAACCUGUGUCUCCUAUGUCUCCUGCAUUGCAGAUGGAUUCUUUACCCACUGAGUCAUCACCAUCAAUAAAUAUUGGUGGAGCUGUGUUGAGGCUUUUUGGGAGACCAAGUUUUUAAAGCAGGAGUGGUUGCUAAAUGUGACUCUAUUAGGGGAGCAGAGCUGGUUGAAAAGGUAUUUUUUGAGAGCAGGGGUCAGCUCUGCUGGGAACUGGGGCUUGGAGAGCAGGUGCAAGUCCUGAAUGUGCUGAUGCUCAUAGCUUCCGAGGGAUCUUGGACAGUAUGGUGGUGGGAGAGUUUCAGGUGCUGGAGCAGGGAGCUGCAGGUUGGGAAAAGGACAGGUAGAGCCAGAUAUAGCUGGGACUUGGGCAAGUGAAGAACACAAAAGGCAAUCAGUCAGCAAUAAAUGUCUUUUACUGAGCAGCCAUGCAUCUCUGUGUUUAAUUCAUUUCUACAUCUGUUCAUUGAGUGCCUUCUAUGAGCUAGGCACUCUUCUAGGAUCUGAGGAUACAGAGAUGAAAAAGACAAGGACCUUGCCCUUAAGGAGCUUACAUUCUGGGGAAGUUGCUAAGUAAACAAUUUAAUAACUAAGAUAAGAUCAGAUAGAAGUGAUUACUUUGAAGAAAAUGCAAAAAAAGGCUAUGAUACAGAGUAGUGUGUGUGUGUGUGUGUGUGUGUGUGUGUGCAUGUGUGUGUGUAUGCAUGUGUGUGUGGCUUUGGGGAAGAGCCUGGAGGAGAUGACGUUAAACUGAGACCCAAAUAACCAGAAGGAAGCAUCUGGGAAGAUCUGAGCAAAGAACACCCUAGGGGUGGCAACAAAGGGACUGAAGUCCAGGAAGAGAAGGCAGUGGUCAUGGGGAGGGAACUGACCUACAUGCUCACAAGUUUCCUGGGGGCUGGGGGGGUGUCACUCCACAGAAACUCCCCUCGUCCUCUGAUACUCAGAGACACACAGACACAUCCAGAGGCAGGCAAAGCUGCACAUGUAUCCCACAUAUAUGUUCCCUCCCAAAUCCUCAGUCCCUUCCCGAAUCCUGCCACUUAAGGAAACCUCCAGGCUCCAAGCCAGAGGUUCUGAUAUUGGGACAAUAGAAAGACGGAAAUCAGUUAAGAGUUUUUUGGGGAAUUGCAUUAUGGCUAAGACUCGGAGCUCCCAAUGCAAGGGGCUUUGGGUUUGAUCUCUGUUCAGGGAACUAGAUCCUACAUGCCACAACUAGAGAUCCCAGCGUGCUGUGUGCUCAGUCACUCAGU